AUGGUUGUCGUUGCUGUAGCUGGAGGCACUGGCGGCAUUGGCAGCGCUAUCGUUGAUACGCUGCGGCAAAGCCCUCAGCAUAAGAUGAUUAUUCUAACACGCAAGAUUCCGGCUACGUCUCAAUCCUCUGAUACCUUUGUCUCUGUCGAUUAUAGUGAUGCCGACUCAAUGGCAAAGGUGCUUCACGAGAACAAGGUCCACACCAUUAUCUCAGCCCUCCGCGUUUUUGAUCCAGCUUCCUCUGAGGCCGAGUCCAACCUUGUCAAGGCAGCGGCCCAAGCUGACAGCACCAAGCGCUUCGUGGCCAGCGCCUGGGGCAUCGCAUAUGCUGAAACAACAUCUGUUGGCAAAGCCCGAGGACGCACUUUAGCCACGCUGCGUACGACCGACCUGGAAUGGACGCGUUUCGACAACGGCUUCUUCCUCGACUACUACGGGCCGCCGUCCUUGCUGAAAUCUUACAUGAAUCGUGUUGCUUGGGCAAUCGAUAUAGUGAAUAAGAAGGCCGGUAUUCCCGGGACUGGUAAUGAGCCAAUGACGUUCACGUAUACCUUUGAUGUCGCCAAGUUUGUGAUCGCAACUUUAGAUCUACCCAAGUGGGAUGAGUUGAUGUAUUGCCACGGAGAAAAGACGACUUGGAAUGAAUUCCUUAAACAGGCCGAGGAGGUUACAGGUUCCAAGUUUGAUGUCUCAUACGAUCCUCCCGAGAAGCUACAAAAGGGCGAGGUUACUUCACUCCCUUCCAAUGAGGGCACGCCCGAUUUCCCUAGACAGGUGCUGGAGGGCCUUAUGUCCUUCUGGGGCCUCUAUGCGCUGGAGGGCAAGUACGAUAUGCCGACAGACAAGGCCAUCAACAAGGUUUUCCCAGAUAUUCAGCCUCUAAAGGUAAAGGAUGUGCUGGAAAUGUGGCGGGAUCAGUGA